GACUGUGGGCUGUGAAAUGUUUGUCUAGAGGAUGUUUAUAGAGAAGGUAAAAAAUAUUUUCAUUAGAACUUUUCCUUUGCAGGAUAAAGAAAAAAAAAGUGAGAAAACUUCAAAAAAAGGAAGUGCUGAUGAAAACUGAUAGGGACGGAAGAGACAUGAGGGGGGUGACCGUUAACAGAUUCGUUGAAGAGGCGCCUUCCUCGGUCAUGGCCAAGAAUGGAUACUUCUAUCAGGAAAUGGAGCAGAGGGAGCGAGAUGAGCAGGAGGAAGGGAGCGAGGAUCGAGAGGAGGGUCAGGACUCUCCUAUCCCAUCAGGAGAUGACAUUCAUCUCUACGGCAACCAGACACACCAAGGAGGGACAGAUUCUGACGUCCAUGGCUCUGUCUUGCUCAAUACAUCUCGUAGAUAUGUAAAGCUGAUGAACUUUGAGGAGGAGGUGAGGGCUCACAGGGAUCUGGAUGGCUUUUUGGAGAGAGCGAGUAUUCUGCUGCACGAAGACGAGGCGUCGCUGGACGACGUGCUGAAGACGAUGCUUCGGCACGUUUCGCAAGACCCGCACACGGCUGAGCCGGGCUGCAACUUCGAGGAGAUCAUGAGCUCACUCUUUACCGACGCAGGCUCACAGGAAGUAAAUGACAGGUCUCCCAAUUUCCUUUUCUAUGAUAAGGCCUCUGCCCUAGGCACCUGUCCCAGUUCAGACCCCUCUCCUUGUUUAACCCCAACCUUUCCCCACCGUACAGUGCACCUGCUGUCUGAAACCCUGCAGUGUGUGACAGCUACCGCCACAGGCAUCCAGUACCAGCAAUCUUGGCUCUGCAUCCUCUGCAACGUGAAGAACUUACAAAGGCGGCAUGUGUGUAUUUCUCGGUUGGACCGGCCUCAGAACUGGGGGGAGAACUGUGCAGAGGUCCGCUACGUCAUCCUUAUACUUGCACCUCUUAAGAUGAAAAGCACUAAGACAGCAAUGGAGCUAGGCCGGACGUUUGCAAGCAUGUUCUCAGACAUCUCAUUCAGGCAGAAGCUGCUGGAGAGUAAGACUCCAGAGGAGUUUAAAGAGGCACUGGUCAUUCAGAGGUUCCACCUGACUGCUGCCAAGUGCAAAACUACCACUGUAGAGGAGGAGGAGACUGACCCACACAGCCACAAACCACUAAAGUCUGCAGUCUCUGCUCACCUUGUGUCUCUCUCUCUGCUGUGCAGGGGGCUCUGUUGUAGAGAUUUUUUCAGAGUGGGCAGAGGCAUCUAUGAGGAUCUGUGUCGCCGCUUGCCCUUCUAUAUAUCGGAUUUUACUGAUGGCAUAGUGGGCAACAAUAAAGCACUAUUGAAGUAUAUGACGACGUCCAUUUUCCUCUACAUCGCCGUUCUGCUUCCUGCCAUUGCAUUUGGCUCACUCAAUGAUGAAAGCACAAGAGGAGAAAUAGAUGUUCAAAAGACUAUCAUUGGGCAAAGUAUAGGUGGAAUCAUCUAUUCACUCUUUGCUGGUUCUCCUCUGGUUAUUCCCCUAACUACUGCACCUAUCUCCAUCUUCAUCAGUGUAAUCAGAGAUAUCUGUGAUGAUUAUGAACUGGAGUUCAAUGCGUUCUAUGCCUGCAUUGGUCUAUGGAACAGCCUGUUCCUCAUCAUUGGAGGGGUCUUCAACCUCAGUCUACUCGUUAAGCUCUUCAAGAGGUCCAUAGAGGAGGUGAUUGCUUUGUUCAUUUCAGUUGCUUUCGUAGCAGAUGCUGUCAAAGGCACUGUCAAGAUCUUCCAUAAAUAUUACCAUCCACCUACAUUGGCCAAUGGCAGCAUGGAAGAGCUGCAUCGAAUAAGUGGAGGGUUGAAUGUAGGGGAGGUGAACGUGACAGGGGCAGGGUUACUGUCACUCCCAGAAUCUUUUAUUCUCUGCACACGGGCACGGCCGCUGCUUUGCCUCCUUCUUAUGCUUGGAACAUUGUGGGUUGGUUACACACUCUACCAGUUUAAAAGAAGUCCCUUCCUGCAUGCAAAAAUGAGGGAGAUUCUGUCAGACUGUGCUCUGCCCAUCUCUGUGCUCAUUUUCUCCUACGUUGGCUCCUACAUCUUCAGCGACAUUGGCUUGCCCGUGUUUGACUAUCAUGAGGGUUCAUUGUUCCGAGUGGCUGCUGUGGAGAAGCUAUCAGGAGUCAGUGUGGUAUGUGCCAUGGGGCUAGGCUUCCUUCUUGCUCUUCUCAUCUUUAUUGACCAGAACAUCGUGGUGUCCCUGACCAAUGCUCCAGAGAACAGGUUACUGAAAGGCACAGCCUAUCACUGGGACCUGACAUUGUCUGGCCUGAUUAAUAUUUUGAUGUCGUUGCUCGGUCUGCCUUGGAUGCACGCUGCUUUUCCUCACUCCACGUUGCAUGUGCGCCAGUUGGCCAUUGUGGAGGAGCGGGUAGAAGGAGGACACCUUUAUGAGACUAUUGUAAGUGUGAAGGAGACCAGGGUAACAUCACUACUGGCAAAUAUUCUGAUUGGUGUGAGUUUGUUCCUGCUGCCUGUUCCACUGCAGUGGAUUCCCAAACCAGUUCUCUACGGCCUCUUUCUCUACAUUGCCCUCACAUCUAUUGAUGGAAACCAGAUGUGUGACCGCAUGGCACUGCUACUCAAAGAACAGACAUCCUACCCCCCAACUCACUACAUCCGGAAGGUACCACAGAGGAAAAUCCAUUAUUUCACUUUCCUUCAGAUGGUGCAGCUGCUGUUCCUCUGUACAUUUGGAAUGUACCCGCUCCCGUACAUGAAAAUGAUCUUUCCUCUGCUAAUGUUUAUCCUCAUACCUAUCAGGAAUUGUCUGCUGCCCAGGAUCAUUGAGGCCAAAUACCUGGACAUCAUGGACGCACAGCACAUGUAAACGUGCACCUCCAAAAAAAAAAAAAAAAAAAAAAAAAAAAAAAAACGAACUGUGGGAAUUGUAUUUUUAAAAUGCAAAACUCUGGGAGGAAAAACAGACUGAUUCUAGUGUUGUACAGCAGACGUUCUGGUAAAGCACUGUAACAGAAAGUGAGAGAGAGAGAGAGAGAGAGAGAGAGAGAGAGAAUAUAUAAAGUUUGAAAGGCUGACUAUAGUCUUGUCUGUUUGAUCUUAGUCAGUCACUGCUUCUCACUGUUUUCUCAUACCAAAGCUUUUCUCUUUGGUUAAUUCUAAUGUACCUCUGUCUCAUUAUGUGGAUCACUCACUUAUGCGGAAAUACGCAUAGUCGCAUACAGAGGCAGUUAAUUAUUAUUACUGUACAGGAAGAGACUGGUGACUGCUAGAAGCUCUUCUCAUAGCGUUACUGAUACCAUUCAAAAGGUCACCGUACAAGUGGAGUGGACCUAUCUGUAGCAAUACCUCUUUGAUGUUGACAAUUCACACAUACAAAAACGAACCUGGUGACCCUUCAUUAUUUCACUUCGCUUCAGGCGAGGGGUCUCUCUGUCAGCUCAUACCAUGACGUGAAAUCGUACUGUUGCUCAUCCACACUUCCGCGUGUCGUGGUGCAUAUCAUUGUUAACGUGUGGUGCAUAAUAUCAAGAACAAGUCGAAACAGACCAAAAGAUUAACACGCACCCUGCUUGUUACUGUGUCUCAUAGCAAUACAGUGAAAUAGAAUUUUAAUAUUUUAGAUAUUUCUAUGAGAAAGAUUAUUUACCGGGGUCGAUAUAUUUCCAGGAUACAUGGUGACAUGUGUUCAGAAUGUAACAUUAGUGCUGAUGUUUCAGGGAUUGGGGAACGGGUCCAGACAACGAGAGCUAGAUCUCACGUACACACUGCAGAACAAACUCUUAUCACAAGCUUUUGCAUACGACAGAACGUCACCACUGUUUGUCCUCAGAAUGCACAGAAACUUGUGCUUGCACACACACACACACACACACACACACACACACACACACACACCUAAAGAUAAAUGCGAAUAGGCAUGUGCUUAUUAAACGAAAAACUAGCAUGCUUGCUCACGCACACUUCCCCCUACUUUACAACAAAUAUAAAUAUAUAUAUGAAAAUAAAUUAAGCAUGGCUUUUAUAAGAUGCCAAAAUCUUUUUUUACAAUUAUAGAUGGAAUUUCGUGUACAAUAGAAUAAAAUUCUCGGUGGAAUGCUAGUUUUGUAUAUUACACCCAUGCACUCAGCCUUUUUGAAAUGUAAUGUCUAUGCUGGACACCGGAACAGCUUUUCAUAGAAAACUACAAUGAUCUCUUUUGAUUUGUUACAGCAAUAUAAGCAUUAAAAAGAAAAAAAAAAGAAAAAAAUGCUCAAAAUCUUACAAAUAUUCAAUCACUGACUUUUUUCUCUAGCAAGAUCUAAGUAAUAAACACCAAGAUUUUGUAACACUGCACCUGUUUUCAGUUCAGACAUGUUGAAUUUAAGUUCCCAAAUAAAUCUUUCAUUGUUUCUAAUACUGAGAGAGACAGCUAGACGGACAGGAGACAGAGAGAGAGAGAGAGAGUAUGGAUUAUAGUAUGGAUAGGAUAGUUUUGAAUUGGACAGGACAGGGGACAGCACUCCGCCCCACAGCAAGGUGGUUCUUCAGCACUGAGAAUAAAAAAAAAGACAUGAAGAAAAAAACAAAACAGAAGGAAGAGAAUGUUGUGAAUAGUGGACAUGUAGAUAUACAUUUGAUUCUGUAGAAACAGAAGUGCUAGGUUUGGCAUAUGACUAAAGAAAGAACAGGAAUGUGGUGUGGUUCACACAGGAAGGAAAUUGUACUAGUGUGAGAAUCAUACGAUUCAAUACGAGUGCAUGAAAGGGUGAUAUCCAAAUGUGUUUUGUUGAUGUUUUAGCCACUAGUUAGUUUUUUUUUUUUUUUUGUAAAAUCCUCAUACCAAUCCUUACUGAAAAUGAUUUCCCAACUCUCUCUCUCUCUCUCUCUCUCUCUCUUUAUCUCCUCUGAAACUGUGACAGUAUCAUCGUAGUCCUAAAAAAAACCUCUGGUGUUAAAAAAAUAAAACCCCACCCUUGUCUCUUCACACCAUUGGACUUAUCUCUAAGUAUUUGACUGUAAUAUUGAAGUAUUCGACCUUAUUUUGUUAUCUUAUUAACUGGAUUGGAUAUGUUGACAAUUUAUGUUCUGUGCUGGCUCAAUAUUGUUUCAGAAAAUAAGCUUUUCUUCUUCCAAUAAUGAAUGUAUAAUGUGUAGAUUUUUAUAUAACGCGUACAAAAUCCAUUGUCAAAAUAAUUUUGUCAAACAGAUAAGCUAAAUUUGUAAACUGCAAUAUGUAAAAAAAAGAAAAAAAAAAGAAAAAAGAUAUAAAUGUUUAUCAGAAGGACUGUGUGAUUUUAAGAAAGGUAAUGUUAUACACUGAAAACUAGAUCAUUUCAAGCUGGUUGCCAAAUAAAGAGUUAUAUUGA